UUAGCAAAGGUAUCCUGUGUAAACAGUUUCUCGUUGACAAACAACUACAGCACGACCAUAGGUAUCUCGCUAUGCAUUCGACUCAGUGUUAUCGACCACUCCUGUAAACCGAACAUGCGUUACGCGUAUCGAGGGAGCACUGCAGUGAUGGUGCCCACUGAUUUGUCACGCAUGCCUCUUUCUUUGAAAGAAGCCAGGCAUUCGUACAUAAACGACCUCCUACCUAGGAAAAUGCGUCGAGAUAUUUUGAAGAGGGACUACAAUUUCUACUGCGAGUGUGAAGGAUGCCUCGACGAAGAGAGAAACGAGCGAAUGGAAGGCUGGCACUGCGAAGAGUGUGAAGAUGGGUGGUUGCGGCCACGUGAAGACGCAACUUGCUCUCGCACGGAGCACAUGUUGAAAUAUGGAAAAGACCUGUUAUCAUUGCAAGAGCAGUAUCAGGACAAGGAUGAUUUGGCACUUUGUCACCUGAAAUACGGCUUGGCACAAGCCUACAAAUUGGCCGGAGACCAAGAGAGUUGUAACAACGGCUGGCUCACUGGGUGUGAGAGAGAGUAUUUGGUUUCAAUGUCAGUCGAUUUUGGCUGGCGUCGUUUCAAUUUUUUCGACAAAAACACUGUACAGGAUCCGGAAAAUCCGAGCGAGAGGUUUUUUGGUCUUAAGGAUGUUUGUGUCGAUUGCUGGUGUAGCAGCACUAAUGGAGAAGCUGCAUAUCUCGGCGAACAACGAGGAGGAGUGUUCCGAUUAGGCAGAGGACUGGAUGAAAACUACUGGAAAGCAUACCAAACGUCUCUCACUGCAUUGCAUGUUGCAGACGACUUCAUAUUCUCCAUUGGUGAAGACGAAGAGGGAACGAAUUCGAUGCUGAAGAUUUGGAAAGGUGACACUUUUGAGAAAGGAAUUCCAGUGCUCUGUAGA